AUGACUACAAUUAUUAUAAUUUUAAUAUUGAUACAAUUUUUAAUUAAAAAUGUUUCAACUAUUGAAUGUCUAGAUUUUAUACUCAGUAGAUCAGAUACCUCAUUAAUUGAAAGUGUUGAUGAUAGAAAAUGUUUUGCCAAUUAUUGUACUUAUGUUUCAAUUGAAUUAUUAAUGAAUGAGAAUAAUAAAACUAUUUGGGUUCCAACCAGGUAUGCUAGAGAAUGUACAAAUAUACCACAAAUAUCAAUUGGAAGUAAUAAUAUAGAUUCAAUAAACAUGUGUAAAGUAAUAUAUGAUCCAAAUCAACAAUUAAGAUAUUUUGUAAAAAUAUGUAAUACAAAUUUAUGCAAUGAACAAUGUAUAAUACCUUCAAAUGAAAAUGAAAAUAUUAAUAAUAAUAACAAUAUUAAUAUAUACAUUAAUUCAAAUUGUUGUGAUAACAAAUCAUUAAAUUGUUGUCAAAAUUCAAAAAAUAAACCACCAUGUUGUAAUAAAAUAUUGCCACAUUGGCCACCACUAGGACCACAAUUAAUAAAUACAUCUAUUACUUCACCAAAUACAAAUGAUUCAUUAAAUUCAGCAAAUUUUAAAUGUUGUAACAAUAAUAAUCCACAAUGUUGUAAUAUUUUAGGUUCUUCAAAUAUGUGUUGUAAGAUGAUGUUACAAUAUUAUAAAGAAUCAACAAUUAUUGGUAGUACAAAUAAUUUACCAAAUAUUCCAAUUUUAAAUAAUAACAAUUUAAUGGAGACACAUGAUACUGUAAUGAUUAAUAAUAUUUGUUGUAAAAAUUAUAAACCAAAUUGUUGUAGUAACAAUUUAAAUACAAUUCCAUGUUGUAAUAAUUUUCACAAUGUAAUGCAUCCAGGACCUAUUAUUAAUAAUUCUGUAAAUAAUGAUAUAAUGUAUGGUCAAAAAUUUGAACAAAUUAAUACACCUAUAACUUCAUUGAUAAAUGAUAAAAAUAAUGUAGUAAAUCCAUUUUUAAAUUGUUGUGAUGAAAAAAAUCCUUUUUGUUGUAUUCCUGUAGAAACUGCUAACACAUGUUGUUUAAAAAUUUUAUAUAAAGAACAAAAAUUAAAUCAUCCUCCAUUAAAUGCUUUCUCAACUUCAAAUGAAAUUAUAUAA